AUGACCAUAAUCAAUACUGCUAGGUUUUCUGCAUUUUUAAGAAUUUGGAUAGUGCUCUUCUCAUUGGUACUUUGUAUCAAUAGUACUCUUGCAUCGGAAAAUGGCAUUUAUGAUUCCCUACAUUUUGAUAAUGGCGAUGAUGAAUAUGGAUCUCCUGCAAAUCGAGAUGCAUCAUUUUAUUCAAAACGGUUGAUUCAUGAACAUGCUGAUUUCAAUCGACGUGAUAUUUGGUCUCGUUUAUUUCGCAGUGAACCUAGUCAACCGCACAUUGCAAGUCGUUCAUAUUUUUCGCGAAAAUUAUAUGAUCAUGCUGCAACAAAUGGUCGGAUGCAUACAAUAUCAAUCGAUAAACUUGCAAUCCCAAUUGAACUGCAGAAGGCUCUUUACGCUCACGGCAUUGUAGGUCGUUGA